AGUAUAGAGAUCUCUGAUUUGAAUACCUGUUGUCUCCAAUCACUCAUACCUUAUGUUUUGUCCAUUCAGCAUCAAGACCGAGUUUGGAACAAAGGAGUCUCAGUAUGUGCAGUUGAUCAGUUAUGGUUACACUGCCUCAUCUGACGUUUUAACUCUGACCACAGCCUGUAAGAUGGACCUGUACAGGUUUCCCUUCGACGUCCAAAGUUGCAAUCUAACGCUUCAAUCUUCAGAGCAUUCAGGUAAAUCUGAAACCCAUAACACAGCAUACGUGAAAACCGAUAGCAUGCUUACUCUAACUGUUACGUCCGUUCCCACAGUUGAGGAGCUUAUGAUAAACACGUUGUAUGGUUCUGAAUGGUUAACUCAGGAGUCAAAGCAGACCUUUCAGGCCCAGGGAGAGUGGGAGCUCCUCAGUAUAAACAUGACUAACUAUAAUGAGACUUUCCUGUUCGAUCUCAAGAAUCAGCUGAUAUAUCAGGUAUGGUGUGUGAAACAGUUGAAGGAAAGAACUGAACACGACAUUACCAUCAAGAGAAGACCUCUGCUUUAUCUCAUCAAUUUCAUGCUACCAAUAUUUUUCUUUGUUGUGUUGGAUGUGAUGUCCUUCUUCAUCGACGCCAAUGAAGGAGACAAACUGAGCUUUAAAGUGACAUUACUUCUGUCUAUUUCUGUGAUGCUCCUGAUACUUAAUGACACCCUGCCCUCUACAGCAGAUAAAAUCCCACUGAUCGGGGUGUACUGCAGUGUGAUUUUCAGUCUCAUUGGUAUCAGCAUUCUGGAGACCAUUCUCGUGAAUUUUCUGAUGAGCAGAGGAGCUAAAAGGAGAUCAGCUGCAUCAGUAGAAACUACAUCUGCUGUUACUGGCCGAGAUGAUGGUGUCAGAGACCUGCAGAGUCCUUCAGACUCAGUCAGAGAUCAGGACGAAGAGCAGACUCGUACCCUUGACCUUCUGAAGCAGAUCAUCUCCGAGUGUCGGGCCGCAACUCAACAAAACCAGCGAGAGAAGAGAUCUCUGUGCUGGACCAGAGUGGCAAAAAUCAUAGAUGUGACCUUCUUGAUUCUUUACAUAAUCACCAUUACUGUGUUUCUGUGUGUGCUUGGGAAGGUUUGGGGAUUAUAUUGAAGUCCUGUGUAAAAUGACGAUCAAUGGCAACCUUUAAUGUGAGUUCAGAAUAGUUAAGAAGGGAGUGCAACUCUUCACCGCAUAGUUUAAGCUCCAAACCUAAUCAAACUCAUUUGAAAACUGAGAGGAACUCUGCAGGAAAGACUUUGGGCGUUAGAAUUAAGAACUGAGAAGCUCUAAGGAUCUAAUUUGAGAAUUUAAAAAGCAAGAUUUGUUCCUUCUAGCUUCUAUAGAGCAAAUGUUGGUAUUCUUUCAGUUUGUUCUUUCUUUAUUCUUUACUUAGUUGAAAGCAAGU